AUGACAAUGACAGCCAUGGGGCGUUCUCGGUUCUGCAAGACCUCGAUGACCUUCACCGCCGCUUUUCUUCUGGGGCACCAGUCCGGUGCUCACGCCGCCGCUCACCUGCACCUGCGCCAACUAGUCACCUGCGAUGAUACCUGCGAGUACACUAGCACCGACGGGACUACGGGGCGCACAUGCGACCCCACGUGCGAUGACGGCGAGCCCUAUGGCGUGUAUGGGUGCAAUACCAAGGAUGGAAAAUACGGGAGUAACUGCCGAUACUGCUUCAACGACAUCAGCAGGGCUAUCAAAUUCGACUCUCCCGACGAUCGCACCAUCAUGUGUGACACGCUUCAGCCUCCGGACCUUGAUGCUCUGGAAUCUGGGUGUACUGAUAGCUGCGAGUACACCAGUAACGAUGGGACCACGGGGCGCAUGUGCGACCCCACGUGCGAAGACGGCGACCCCCACGGCAUGCUAUUUUGUGAUACCAAGAGCGGCCAGUAUGGGAGUAACUGCCGAUACUGCUUCAACGACGUCGACAGGGCUAUGAAAUUCGACACUCCCGACAACCGCGCCAUCAUGUGCGACACGCUUCUGCCGGUCGGCACCGAUGCUGGAGACGAUUUUGAUGGCAACUACACGCACCUGGGAUGCUUCAUGGACAGCCCGGAUGAUCGAGUUCUCGGACACAAGUUGACUGAUGAUGACGACACGACCGCCGAACGCGAGUAUCUUUCGUGCGGCCUACGACUCCUGCAAUCAAGCGCUGCGACACCAGAAGGAGCGUUCAGCGAGGACAUCGUCCAGAUCAUCGAAGUCGAAGGUACUGAUCCAGGUGGCGCAUAUUGGGCUGACAGCUACUCGGUCGGUGGAAAGUGCUACAUGCAGACCACGUUCGAUCACGACAUUGGCGAGGUGGAGGUGGACACACCGCAAGGCACCAUGAAAAUCGAAGAUCUCUUUAACCUUCUAGAACCAGGACCGGGAUCUGAAGGCCGACCCCUCUACAACGAUAUUCAAUGCGGAAACGGCCCAGUCAAUUCCGAUUCCUUAGGCGAUGAGUUCCUCUGCCCCGGUCUGGUGGAAUACGGCCGGGAAGGUUGCGGACAGAUCGGUCCAAUGUGGGAUCUUUCUGAACUCGAGUAA